CUCAUUUUCUACAUAAACUCGCAGCUUCGGACAACCAGACGGGCAAAAGAGCUCGUUCUUUCGUUAGACGCUCAAGGUCUUGGAAAUACAAACCAGGAGAUAAUCAGAGAGAUGGGGAGACCGUCAAAAUGGGACUUCGAACAACACAAGGACACGCUGAAGCGGCUGUGGGUGGAUCAGAAGAUGAAGUUGCCCCAGGUGAGGGACUACAUGAAACUGCAUCAUCAGUUUGCACCUGUUCCCGCUGCUUACUUUAAGAAAUUCCACGAGUGGGGUUUUGAAAAAAAGUUCAAUCCGAUUCUAAAAGACGAGAAGCUGCAAGCCCGGGUCAGAGAGCUGUGGGCACAGAACUAUGGCGGCGACGACAUUCUUCGCAUCACCAGGGAGGAGGGGUUUGAGACUGACAAGGCUGUCAUCACGAGGAUUAGGAGAAGGUUUGGCAUGGUUUUGAAGAUGGCUGGUGGGUAUGGAAACCCGAAGCGGACAUUGGCGAGGAAGCAGAGGGAGAUGAUGAAGCAGAAGGCAGGUCAGAAGGAGGGUCAGAGCCAGAGUGCUAGUGUGGAGAGGGAAGAGGAUGAUGAUGGUGGCGAGAGCAACAGCGGUGGUGAUGGCGAGUCUGGUGACAGUGAUGAAGAUGAGGAUGAGGAGGGUGAGGAGGACGGGCCUGGUGAGGUUGAACAGCAACUGCAGCGAGUUCAAGAGCACACCAACAGCCUGAAUAGCGCUCCGGCGAGUGGCUAUGGCGAAUCUUCUCAGACCAACACUACGGCUGGGGCAUAUCAUGACCACUGGAAUACAGUCUCGAACCAGCCCUACCGCGGUGGAAUGCGUCAGUGGGAUGACAACUACCCGUUGGGAUAUGCUCCUCCUGUACCAACCACUCCUACAUUAUCGACUGCUGCUGGCUGGGAGAACCAGCAGCAAGGGUCCUCGUUUCCGUCCCAGCCUGAGCAAUCACAACAACAGCAAGACCAGAGUCAACAACAAGAGCCUCGACAAACUGGUUCUCAACCGCCUGACGAAGCAGAGCUUGCUGCCAGGAGGGAGCAAAGAAAACGACAAAUCGAAGCGGAAGCGGAAGAGCUGUGGCGGACGAAGAAACGCAGGCGCCACACAAAACAAUAUGGCUUUCUCCCCCCUGAUCCUGCAGGCCCCCCUCGCUAUCCGUCCGAGACAACGCUUACAGAAGCCAAAGAGAUCCUCCAGCUCGACAAGGCGGCAUACCUGGGUAUAAGAGAGAAGUUUUACAAUAUUUGCAUGAGCCAUGGAGUUAUCAAGAAAACGCUCAUGGGUCCCGAACGCUGGAAGCAGUUCAAAGACCGGCUGAUUAGGGAGAGCUUGCAUCUGCGCGCGGCCAUGUGGGACCAGGAGAACAUUGAGCAGAAGAAGUUGGCUGUUGAAAUUAUCUGCAACGACAUCACCAAGCGCGUCCGGAUCACACAGACCAAGGUUUCUGUUGCCGAGGCCAAGAGGCUUCUCGGGCUAGACCCCGAUGCGGGGAGAGAGAUUCGUGCCCAGCUGUACAACAUUUUGGCGGUGGAGCGGUUUGGUCCUGUUCUUGAGGAAGGCAUCGAAAGGUUUCGGGAGCUCAGGCAGAGGUGGAUCGACGCGAAUGAGGUGUUAAAGGAGGCAUGGACUAAUCAGGAGGACCCUGAACAUGCCCGCAAGGUCAAGGCGGUCAUUGCGCUUGGUCGUGAUGCGGAACGGAGAUAUCACGCUGAUGUUCACAAACGGGGUAUCGAUCCUCUGCGGCCGAGGAGUCCCACCCCUGAACCGACAAAGAAGCCGAAGCCACCGAAGCCUCCCAAGCCUCCCAAGGAGCCCAAGGUCCCGAAGAAAAGGGGUAGACCUAAGAAGGUUGUUCCUAGCGUUGAGGAUCCUGGGAAUGAGGCAGCUUCUUCGAAUACGAAUGCGCCUUUGCAGCCAGGUAUGAAUCAGGGUCAGGAUUGGCCUAUUGUGAGAGCUGUUGUUUCUGAGACUCCUGCAUCAACACCGGCUGCUGCAUCUGUUGUUGUUCCUUCUGUACCAGGAGCUCCGGCUGCAGCUCCUGCUCCUCGGCCACGGGGGUCACGAAAGAAUGCUGUGCCCGCGCCAGCACCCGCGUCGGCACAAACACCAGAAGACCCGAAUAUGGUACCCGGUCUCAGGCUUCCUGCGAAGAAUCGCCGAGGCCGCCCUUCGAAGCAAUCUGAGGUACAGACGCAUACACAAGUACAUUUUGCUCCGCGCGCGGAUGCAGAGCCUUCACCAAAGGAUAACGACCAGGCAUUGAUGGAUUCUCAGCUGGGUUAUGGUGAUGACUAUGUUCCCUACGACACACCGGAACCAUAUACAGAUGAUGAAGUGCAAGAGGUGCGGGCGGCUGCGCCGCCGCAGCAGCAGCAACCCGAACAGGUCGAGCCCGGCUUUGUUGGUCCCUUGACGCUCAAGCAAGCGCAAGACCAGUGGUUGAGAGAACAAGCGUCGCGUCGACAGCAGGAACAAGCUGCUGCCCAUGCGGUAGCGGCGGCCCCUAGUCAACAACAGGCACAGAACCAGGCGAGACAGAACCCACAGUCACAGCUUCAGCAGCAAUUCGGGCAGCCCCAAAUCCAGCAGUAUCAGCAACCCCCGUUCCAACCAGCCACGCCCGGACAACCUCAGCAAGGUUCACUUGUGGCAAGUCUCCGGCAGAUGUAUCACCAACCUCAUCAGCAGCAACAAGCUCAGAUGGCUGCUCAACAGCCAAGAGCUCAAACGGCCACACCAGUUCAACAACAGCCCCGGAUAGCAACACCCAUCCAGCAACCCCAGCCACAAAUGACAGCACCACUACCAGCGCCACCCCUGACCAAGGGCACCUUCCCGGUUUACUUCCGACUGCACAGCGCAAUCAGGGGAUUGUUCCCGGGGAUGAGGCCGCAGUGGAUUCAUCUACUGUCAUCACGCAAGUACAGCGACCUGAAGGCGGCGGCCGUGGCCAAGACUCUGGGAGCGAUGUGCUACAAGAUUGAGGGGAUUGUCAAGGACGGGAGUGGGGGGGAGCUGCCGUUGCCGGUGACGGAUGACACGGAGUUGGAGACGUAUUUGGAGCAUGUCGAGGGCAAUGGAGGGGGGGCGCCGAUGUUUAAUGUUCAUUUGUUUCCGGGGGGGAUUUGAUUUGGGGCUGGGGUGUGAUGUUGUCAGUUGGGAAAGGGGAUUCAAGUUUUU